UCUUCUCCACCUUUGGACGGGACUCCAAAGUGCUGCAUGCUCUUUUCUGCACACCUCUUUGUUAGUCUUUUUUUUACCUCUGCGGGUUGUAAGUUUUUUAUGUAAAUAAAAAAAAACUUACUUACUUCUUCAGCUACCUUCAGCUGUCCAGUCCACCGACGAUGCCUCAACAGGACUCCAUGGCUCUUACUGGGAAUCUCUGUGCCCCGGGUGCCUCAAACUCCGGAUACAACACUAACCCAGUGAUCACACAAACAGACAACAGGGACCGAUGGAGCAAAAAGAUGGAUUUCCUUUUAUCCGUCAUUGGCUUCGCUGUAGAUCUGGGAAAUGUCUGGAGAUUUCCAUACAUAUGUUAUCAAAAUGGUGGUGGUGCAUUUCUCAUCCCUUACAUCCUCAUGGCCAUCUUUGGAGGAGUGCCUCUCUUCUACAUGGAGUUGGCACUGGGACAGUUCCACAGGACAGGGGCCAUCUCCAUAUGGAAACACAUCUGCCCCAUUUUUAAAGGGAUAGGGUUUGCAAUCUGCAUCAUCGCCCUGUACGUCUCGUUCUACUACAACACCAUCAUUGCCUGGGCCCUCUUCUAUUUUUACUCGUCCUUCACCAGCACGCUGCCUUGGACCAGCUGCAACAACCCCUGGAACACAGAGAACUGCACCAACUACUUCGCGGGCAGCGUCAACUGGACCAACUACUCCCGCUCGCCCGCAGAGGAGUUCUACACGAGGAACGUACUGGAGAUCCAGGACGCCGAUGGGCUCCGCAACGUAGGGGGCAUUCGCUGGCAGCUCACACUCUGCCUCUUCCUCAUCUUCACCAUUGUCUACUUCAGCCUCUGGAAGGGUGUGAAGACCUCAGGGAAGGUGGUGUGGGUGACCGCAACUCUGCCCUACGUGGUGCUCCUGAUCCUGCUGGUCCGUGGGGCCACACUCCCGGGGGCCUGGAGGGGGGUCAAGUUCUACCUGCAGCCCAAGUGGGAGAAACUCCUGGAGACCAGCGUGUGGGUAGACGCCGCCACGCAGAUCUUCUUCUCAUUGGGGCCUGGCUUCGGUGUCCUUCUUGCACUCUCCAGCUACAAUUCCUUCACCAACAACUGCUACAGGGAUGCCAUAGUAACCAGUUUGGUGAACUGUUUUACCAGUAUCAUCUCUGGCUUUGUCAUCUUCACUGUGCUGGGGUAUAUGGCACAGAGACGUGGAUGCAAUGUGGAAGAUGUUGCAAAAGAUACAGGACCGAGUUUGCUCUUCAUCACUUACCCAGAAGCCAUUGCAAAUAUGGAGGGCCAAACUUUUUUUGCCAUUUUCUUUUUCAUGAUGAUGAUCACACUGGGACUGGACAGUACGUUCGGGGGGCUGGAGGCCAUCAUCACGGCCGUCAUGGAUGAGUACCCAGACUAUCUGUCCCAGCGACGGGAGCUGUUCGUCCUCGUCCUUGUCGUGGUGUGCUUCACGGGCUCUCUCAGCACCCUUACUCAUGGGGGUGCUUAUGUUGUGAAAUUGCUGGAGGAGUUUGGGGUUGGCUGCUCCAUCAUUGCAGUUGGUUUCCUGGAGGCCAUUGCUGUUUCCUGGUUCUAUGGUAUCCAGAGGUUCAGUAAUGACAUCAAGUCCAUGUUGGGUUACAGCCCUGGGUUGUUUUGGAAGGUCUGCUGGGUAGCCAUCAGCCCUGCCUUUCUGGCUUAUAUUAUAGUGAGUUCACUACUCAACCCUCAGCCCCUUACCCUCUUUGACUACAAGUACCCUGGCUGGACCAUCUCUGUGGGAUAUAUGAUUGGCGCCUCUUCCUUUAUGUGGAUUCCCAUUUACAUUGUUUACAAGCUGGCUUGGACUCCUGGAUCUCUGAAGCAGCGCCUUGCAAUAUGUUUGAAUCCAGAACAGACAUUACCUGAUCUCCACGCAGAUGCCCUUGGCAUGGCCCCUGUCCCAUAGUACCGUCCAGCACCGGGCAGUACCAGACAUUCUCCUGGGUCUCUACAUGAGACAUCAAAGCAUUAAGAUAUAGCAUACAUAUCACAUAAUUAAUUCAGGCUACAUGGACUAAAAAAUAGAAGAAAGAAUUUUAAGAUGUCAAGUUUUCUAAAAUCUUUACUUAAAUCCAAUGAAGACAAUGAAAUUACAUUUGUCAAAAAACCUAGUGUUCCACCUCAGGUUUAAAAGUCUAUUUUGACAUGCAAGAAAGGUGCCGCAAAAGAUGCAGUAAGAAAAGACCAACAUUAUUUCUUUACCAAAUGUUGUUAAGCCGUUUUAGAGUGAACUCAAAAUGUAAGUAUUCCAUAUAAUCAUUUUUGAGGACAAAUUUUGUAAACUGAAUUUUGAUGUAUUAUGUUAGAUGUGUCAACUAAACUAAGAUUAUAUUAUGUGCGCAAUUCUGUGUCUAAAACACUGAUCAUAUGUAUGAGAACACUUAUAAAUGUCAUGAUUCGGUUUUUUGGAGAGCUUAAUUUAAGGUACUGUGGUAAACCUGGUCCCUAAAAAUCUGGUCCCAAAAAUCAUCUCUUAAUAAGAUAUACUAUAUCCAUACUAUACCAUAUGUAUAUUGAAUAUGAAGACAAUUGAAGAUAAGCAAACGUCAGUGUAAAACUUGAAAGCGUCCACUUCAAGCACUUGCCAAAAACAACUCCUAAAUUGUUUGGUUCUGAUGUAAAGACCAAAUUAUAUGGGUUGUAGUCUUACUUCAAUGUUGUUGAAGAUUUUUUUGUGUAUCUUCAUGGAAAUUACAACAUGACAAAUUUGAGAGUCGGGGAAAUACAAGAGCAUAUUUUAAGUCUGAUCCUAUGCAUGCAUGUUGACAUAGGAUGAGGAUUCCCUAUAAAUGACAUGCCAGUGAGAAGAUUACCUCAUCAUUAACAACAUAUAAAUAUGUCCACUCUAUUACCCUUUCCCUGUUAUUGAAACAAAAAUGUUAUUGUUUUCUGCCUUAAAUGAUGUAUUGUAGAUAUGUCAAAUAAUUAUAGCCUACUGUCCAUUGAUAUUUUGCCUCUCCAGACUUACACAACUAUAUUGCUAUUUUCACUAUGUAAUUACAUGAAAAGACUGUUUAAAGGUUCUUUUGUCAGUUCAGAAGAUACUGUUACUUAAUCUAAAAAGCCAAGCAUGUAUUUAAGAUUAAUAUAUGUUCAAUUGUAUGAUGAAUCAAACUCUUGCUAACUAUGGAUGCAUACUUUACGUACAAAUAUAUGAAUGUGUUGUGUGAGAGGAGAAGUUUAAUAUGUGUGUAAAGUAUGUUGUGAUUUUA